AGCAAAAUGGAGCCCUCUGCCUUGUUACAACAGUUAAACAUUUGGCCACACCUUGUAGAUUUUUUGUCUUCUGAUCUAAACAUCUUUGAACUAUAUAUCAACAAUAACUGAAAGCAGAUUCUCAUUAUAAAAAAAACCUAAACAAGAAAUAGUUUAUUCUAAAAUGCAGAGCAAGGCAGAAUAGCCAAAGUGACCCCCAAAACGUUGCAAGAAGAAUCGUAACAAUACGCAGCACAGCGCAGAUAUAUUGUUCUUGAACACACCUCAAACUGAGUCUGACAGCAAAUAUGGCGAUGUCCAUGAGGAGGGCAUUACUACCUCUGCAUCGGAUGAGAUUCAGCAAUUUGAAGAAUGCAGAAGCUUCGCUGGAGGUACGGUAUCCCCUGCCCUUUGUUGUCCCGGUAAGGACCAAGAAGCGCUACUUCAUUCCCCCGGCAGUGGGGAUAAAAGGGAAGGCGGCAGUCUCGGCAGACCAGGAGGCCAAAGCCAGAGCGGCAGGUGUUGUCCUGAGGCAGGAGUACAUGGAGAGAGCCAUCAACAUCGCCUGCACUGCGGGAGUGUUUGAUCCCUAUAUCCCCCCAGAAGGGGAUGCUCGUCUCUCCAGUCUGUCCAAAGAGGGUCUGAAACAGCGCACAGAGCAGAUCAAACAGGGUGCUGCCUCCCAGCUAGCGAUACGCAAGAUCAAAGAGCAUGACGCUGAGUUCACCACAAAGGCGUUCCCAGUGAAAGCUCAGGAGAUCUUCGUUGACGCGCACAAUGCUCUCACACAGUUUAACAAGGAGAAACUUCACUCCCUUGUGACAGAAAGAUGUUACCCUGAGAUGGUGAGGGGGAACCGCUACAAGACGCUGCGGUGGCAUUUCGUGGAGUCCCUGGAGCCGCCCAAGGUGGUGCACGCCCGCUGCCCAGACAUGGUCAGCAAAGGCAACUUGUAUGGGCAGGUUACGGUGCGCAUGCACUCCAGACAGACCCUGGCUGUCUACGACCGCUUCGGCAGACUGAUGAUGGGGAGCGAAGAGGAGCCCAGGGAUGUGCUGGAGUACCUGGUUCUGGAGAGGCACCUCGUCAACCCAUACGGCAUGUGGAGGUUACAUGGCAAGAUAGUACCAGCCUGGGCCCCAGUGAAGGAACCCAUCGUCAAGACUGUUAUGAUCCCUGGCCCGGAGCUCAAGCCAGGCGAGGAAUUUGAAGGGCUCAACUAUGAAGUGCCUAAGCCUAAGGCUGUGCAGUGGCACAAAUAGACCACAGUUGGGAGCUGUAAUUCUGGGCCAACACAUACGUUCUCAUUUUUUUUCAGAAACCAUGAAGCUACAUUUAGUUUUCUGCUUUUUUAUAUAAAAAUACACUGUUUUGUUACACCUUACACUUGUAUAUCUCAAACACUUCAAAUAAUCCACAUUGUCCAGAUCUGUAGAGAUUGUAUGGUUUAUUUCAAUGGUGCAUAUAUUACAUGUUAAUUUAAAAAAUACAAAAAUAAAAUGUCACCUCCCUUUUUUUCAUAACUUUUUGGAUUUCAGUGAAUGUACAUUUUAUAUCAGAAUAAUCUGUACUUUUCAUCGGCAAUACAUACAAAAAUAACUGAAAUCAACAGAAAUACUUUUCAACAUGCAUACAAAAAGGAUUCAUUGUGUAAUGAUGAUGGUAUUUGAUUCUAUUUAACAAAAAGACAUAGCACACCCGUUCAAAAAACACCUUACAUGCAUAAAAAAAAACACUCACAAAACGAAGGUGGUCCAUUGCGGAUAACACGAGGCAAAGCAUGAAGACGAUCUCACCACUGCACAACAUUUUCAUUUUCACUGAAUGAGGAGAUGUGUCAAAUAUGGAUGGAUACAUUUGGUAAAUAAAGCAUGGAAAUGGUGAAUAAAUCAAUGACAA